AUGCUCAGAUUUCGUGACAAAACACACAAAAUAUUUUACGUCUUUGAAUUACUUGUUAACCGACUUGGAUUUAUUCAUCGACUCAUCGACGAUUACACAGAAAAUGGAAAAGAAAAGUAUUUGCGUCUUCCCAAAAUUGUUCUCAUCGACACAAUUGGAGGAAACCCAAUUGAGUUAAACGCCUUUUUUCUCAACAAGUUGAAGUGGUUAGAACAGGUACUUCCCAACAACAAGAAUAGCACCGUAUACAUCAAAAUUAAGCGUCAUCCAGUAGAUAAAGCAGUUCUCAAUUUCUUUAAGAAGACGACGUAUAUAUACGACAUAUGUAGUUCCAAUAUGUGUGAAAAAUUGAGUGAAAGAAUUGUUUGUGAAAGUGGAGUAAUUGAUAUAGAAGGGUCCACGGUGAGUCCAAUCAUCAAUAGAAUUAUAGAGAACUCGUACGCGACGAUUAUUUAUUUUAAAUAUUCAAAUGAAGUGAUGAAAACGACAUGGGUAAUACCAAAAAGCGUCUCAAAAAUUAUUUUGUUAUCUAAUAACAAUGAUGAAGAUGGUGAUGAUGGUGAUACACGAGUUCUUGAUAUCAACUUUUCGUACAUUAAAACUCUGAAAAAUCUUUCGUUUAUUGAAGUCAAAUUCGACAACGAAUUUCUUUGUUUGGAGAGUCUUUCUGUGGUAAAGUCUGUUGCAACGAAAUUCACUAAGAAAUGCAAAAUGAAUGCACUUUUGGAGAUCGAAUUGUGGGAUGUCGACGAAGUCGCUUUUACUUGUGAACUCGCCCAUUUAAACACACUAUUUGUUUACAAAGGAAAUAAAAUUGCAUUUUCAGAAAAAUUUGAUAGUCUCAAAAGACUCACUGUUAUUAGCUCAGAAUUUGUUUAUUUACCAGAAAUCGACUUUAGUAACAAGAUUGUCCAUUUCAGUAAUUCUAAAGCAAUAAAUUUUAACAGAAUUAAUUCACUUGAAUACAUCCAAAAUUAUUCCGAUAAAAACGAUUUGAAAAAUGACCUUGAAAACUUCUUUGAAUUUCCAAUCCCAAUUAAAGAAGAAGGUGAGUGGAAGAUGUCCAAAUUUGUCUCAAUGAGUCCACGCGUUGAAGUAGUUGGCAAUGAAAUUAUAAGGAAAGGUGAAAAUGAAGAAGACUUGUACGAUAUGGUAGUUUCAUAUCGAUUUAUCGAUGAGUUUAACAGCAACGACAAAAUGCGGUUCAUCACUGAAAACGAUGAAAUUGCGACCAUUGCAAAUGUCAGAUAUUUUGAAGUUGAAGUGACUGGAAACAGUUAUGUUGGUGUUGGGAUAAUAAAUGUGUUCGAAGACAUUAAUUAUAUAAACACAAUGAUUGGAUGGCAAAAAAUGAGUUGUGGAUAUCACAGCGACGAUAGAAUGAUUUACAAUGGAGACGAUACCAGUGAUUAUGAUACUGGUAUAAGGUACGGCGAAAAGACGGAAGUCACAAAUGUUGUUGGUGUUGGGUUUGUUGUUGAUUUGGAAGAAGUGAUCUUUGACGUCUUCUUUAUAUGCAAUAAGAAAAUCGUAUACAGAAAACAUUUUGAUGCAGAUAACAUUGCUGCUGUCAUCUCAUUGAAUGUGUUUAACAAAAUAGCUAUCAAUUACGGAGAAAAGCCGUUUAAAUUUGAUUUAACUUUUUCGGGUUUGUUGAAUUUUCAUUAA